UGACAAAUUUUGUAGAUAAAAAUAAAUAGGUGCAUACAUCAAUCUGUUUAUUUUGUGUGAAUGUUCAGUGUUUUAUAUUGUUGUGAACAGUCAAAUAUUACUAAAUUGCUACCGCGAUGGCUCUCUGUAUUUGUAAAUGUUUAAAUGUAUCAUUGGAGUGUGAUAAAAUUGAAGAUAACUUUGAUAUUGCUAAAAUGGAGCUAACAACGACGGAACAAAGGGAUAUUUUUUUCAGUCAGAGUAUGCUGGCCGUUCCAGUCAACUCUUUAAAAAGUGUGGUGGCUCAACAAGCUUUGGUAGGACACCAUACAGUAGGCCGCUGGACUCUACAUUCCUGCCUUGCAUGUGGACAGACUACUCAUGCCAUACUCAAUGACAAUACAACGGGCUCUAACUUAGCUGUGAUUCCUAAAUCUACUCAGACUACUAUAGAUCAAGUCAAAAAUUUAAAGAAAUCCAGUAAUUUCUCCCCUGUAUUCAAUCUGUUAGUACCAGAAAUUACACAAGGUGUUGAAAUGAAAGAGAACAUAGAUACAAACAAUUUUAUUUUUAAUGAUAAGAGGGCAUGGGCUCCCACACAACAAGUUAUUGGUAACUUGAGCAAACAGCUCAGUCAAACACUACAGUCACAACUGGAAGCUGUUGAAGAUUCAGUCAGACAAUUUAGAGACCAGAAAUAUGCAGAGUUUGAAGCUUACAGAGAAAGAGCACAAAGAGAUCAUAAAAUUUUAGCUAGUAUUAUAAGUAAAGCGCGAAAUAAUGUGGAUAAUGAUGGGUGGCAAGUUGACACCAGCCUGGACAAUGGACCUCCAUCACCACAAGUACCUCCUCUACAGAGAAGAAGACUGUCCUCCUUCAAAGAUGCCAAAAAACUUUUACAAAACAUUAAACCUAAUAGAAACCUUCCUCCAGAAGAAGAUUCAUUAGAUGCUGAAGAUUUAUUUGAUUUAGAGGGAACUGACUUCCGCAACAAUAUGAAUUCUGAUCAAGACGAUUAUGAUUCCGAUCAGAGUAGUCAUGACGAGGGCAUCCACAUCUCGCGGCCACGACGCGAGGAUGGUGCUGCUGACAUCGCUCGCUCUCUACCAAUCAACAUGCCGUUUCCUAAGGAACGUCCAACGCGAAACGAUUUGGACGACGAUGAGGAGCCGCAAGAUAUAGCCGCGAGCAUAAAGGCGUUGGCGCGUUCUGUUCACGGCGACGUGUACGAGUUGCCGCGCCCGCGCUUCUCCACGCAGAUCUAGCGAACUCGUCGCCGAUACACCCGACUCCCUCUCUCUAGCAGAUGAAUUAAUAGAUCCCCUCCACGUGCAGAUUCCCGAGAUCUCCUAAACUAGGGCUGCUCAACCUUUUUGACUUUCGGGCCAAACGGAGGAAUAUUUACGGCGGGCCACUGACUGUUCUUUUUAGUUAUUCUCAGUGAUACAGUUAAAUUAGGCAAACAACGUGGUCCGCGGGCUUGAGAUUGAACAGUCUUGGUCUAAACGUUCGAAGAGUAAGAGAUGAUCAGCUUCGAAGCUAUUCGCACGUCUAUUCUGGUUGAAUAGAUUUUUUAUAUAACAUAGACAGUUUUGCUACGAAAUUCUGUGCUCAAAGUCAGUAUGAAUCGUAUAGUCAUAUAAGAUUAAUCGUUAUUUUAUGCAAAAUGUAUUGAAAGAUCGGCGUCUCGCGUCCUAUAUGGGUUAGUUUCAAAUACUUUUUGAGCUGAUCAUACUUAUCUGUAUCUGACAAGGAAAACAUAGCACCGUUACCAUUAUGUGGAAUAAAUGUCAGCCGUUGUUUGGUAGUUUGCGCUCGACAGCAUGCGUUCGAGCACGGUUUCUAGUUUGAUUACAGUGACCCUAAAUCGGAAUCAAAAUAGUGAUUUAUAUAAACGACGAUUUAAUAAUUUAUAUAUAAUUGGGUGCGAUAUAGGUCACGACACAGUCGUUUCGUAAUUUUAUGAAUAGAAAAGUAACUUUGGUGCAAUUAUUUUUUUAAAAGUCCGUAAACUUGUCAUAAAAAUAAAUAGCAUUUAGGUAUUACUUCUUAGUCAUGUACAUAAAAGAAAGCUAGCGUGUAAUGAUGAGGCUAUAAAAUAUUAUAAGCACAAUCUCGGUUUAUAUUGAAAAUAAAAAUGUUACAAAAAUCAUAUUUAGGUAAUCAUAAUAUGUAUAAGAAUUGGGCCAAAAUCAUCAAAAGAAUACAAUAUAUUAGAAUACAUGAUGAGAGUUUAUAAUCAUGUUGAGUAUUUAUGUAUAAAUUGCUGAUUUGCCUUAUCCGGAUAUAAAUUUUUAUAAGAUCUUAACUCGUCCCCAGUUCAAAUGCGUGACAUGGAUAAACAAGCACAACAAUACUAACCAAAUUAUUGCAUAAAACUAAACAUUUUUGUGCACCGAAAGGUUGUGAAAUAAAGAAUUCGCCAAGCAGCUAAAUAUAUAUUCGUCAACGACGCUUAUAUUUAGUUAAAAACUAGCACAUACGAUUUUAUUUUACCAAUUUCCCCUGGUAGGAGAUUCUCAAUUUUUAUUACAUAAAACUUAAUUGCUAAAAUAGAGAUACAAAAUAAUGUACACAGAUACUAAAACUGUUCAAAGGCUUAAAAAGGAAAUAUUUCAUUUUGAAUAUAUAUCCGAAUUUCUCUAUUAAAAAUCAAAGCUUUGGUAUAUUUUAUGUGCUAGAAUAAAGAAAUAUACUAUAUUUUAUUACAUAUGUAUGUCUGGCCUAAAAUUGGUAUGUAUGUUUAGUAUGGGUGUCUUUGUGUCAGUGACCGAUGUGGAAUAUAAUGUAUAUUUAUAUAUAAAAUUAUAUUGAUAACAAGAAAUUAACAAUUAUUGAAUGUUAACAUGUAAGUCAUAUCGCCGUUAAUAGUCUUUUCUAUUAUUUUUUAUCUCGUGUUAUCUUAUUGAUAAGUGAAAAUGUACAAAAAAUAUUAAUAUUUGCAUUUCUUACUAGUCUUUUAGGGUCACGAAAAUAAUAUCUCAUCGUUAAGUAGACGUAAAUCACAUUGCCUAUGAAAUUUUGUAUUUUGUAAAUAAACAUUUAAGAUCAUUGUUAUUGAUUUCGAAGAUUCAUUAAAUUUUUAAAAUCGUUUAUUUUUAUACCCGAUAUUUUGAAUGUAUAAUUAGAUGGUGUUGUCGAGUCGGGUCUUGGUGACGUAGUAUCAUUUGUUUAUGUUAUAUUAUUAUAUCUUUUAUACAAUUACAUCUAUUGUAGACUUUAAAGUUAUUUUUGAAUUGAUUUUUGUGUGUAACUGAACAAGUGUUUUUACUACAUUUAUGUCGUCAGUGUCUUCCAAUAGCACUGUUCUAUGAAAGGAUUAUAUCAGGUGAUUUUAUUGUGAUGUCAUUUUUUCCAGUCAGUUGUUUUAGUUGUUUCAUUGGAGUGAUGUUAUUGCGGUGGACUUUGAUUGUAUUGAAAAUAGUGAUUAUGUAAUAAAUAUUGACUUAAUAUUGGUUUUCUUAUUCUUUGUCACAAUUCAUUUUGUUUUACACCUAUGAUCCUAAUUUUAAACAUAUAUAAAUAAAAAAAUAUCUAUAAACUUAUUAAAUUGGCUUAUGUCACUGAAAAUAUGUGUAAAUGGGAAACAACGAAUGUAUCCAUCCCAUGUCUAUGGUAGCUAUAUAAGCUUCUCGACAACAAACUAGACCCAGAACCAACUAGAAUAGCUCAGUA